UCACAGAGAUCCGACUCAAAAGAACGAUUCGAUGCCGAUUCGGACGUCGCUUCUAGGUAGGCAGCUCGCUGUGUUUUGAAACGCAGCCGGUGUCUGAGCGUGUGCUGUACUGCUGCAGUGAAGUAAAAUAUGUCAGUUAUCACCGGACAGCAGCGAGAGACGGCUACAAAUGUACCCUGAGAGGCAACCGGUGCAACGAUUUUCUUCCGUUUAACACCAAAAUGAGGCCCGGCUGCUCCACAUCUACAGCGGCGGAAGAAUAAUACGUACAUGAGUGCCACAUUGGCAUCGGCAGCAAAGCUCAGAAGUACUGCUCUCUUUGGACCCUGACAGUGUGGAGUGUGGACAGUGAGACUGCCAGACAGCAGGUUGGAAAAAGGAAGAUGGUCAUCAUGGCAACCACAGUGACCCCUGAGCCCCUUACGGCCCUCUCUCGGUGGUACUUGUAUGCCAUACACGGUUACUUCUGUGAAGUCAUGUUCACGGCAGCCUGGGAGUUUGUGGUGAAUUGCAACUGGAAGUUUCCUGGCGUGACGAGCGUGUGGGCGCUCUUCAUCUACGGAACCUGCAUCCUGAUCGUAGAGCGCAUGUACCUUUGUCUGCGGGACCGCUGCAAUGUGCUGCUCCGCUGCAUCAUUUACACAUUGUGGACAUACCUGUGGGAGUUUGGCACGGGUUUGCUGCUACAGCAGUUCAACGCCUGUCCGUGGGACUACUCCGAGUUUAAAUAUAACUUCAUGGGCCUGAUCACGGCAGAGUAUGCUGUGCCGUGGUUCUGCGCCUCCUUUAUUGUAGAGCGCCUGGUGAUACGCAACACGCUCAGGUUGCGCUUCGACUUGGCCGCCGAUCCCAGCCAAGCUGAAGAACGGCCGGACAGAGGCGGUGGAGGAAGAGGGCGAGAUGCCAGAGCAGGGGCCACCAGCACAAACGGUUACGUGAAGGUGGACUGAAGAUGUUGUCAACACCUUUUCCCAUCUCAAAGCUCCCAUCACCCAUGACUCUAUCCGCACAUACUAUCUCAGUCUCUCUCCCACCUGCUUCCAGGGAAAGAGUUGCUCAGACAUAGCUGGUCCAGCUCCAACAGAGACAGUUGCACAACUGUGAAGAACAUUCUGAUUUAUCGUCCAGCUAGCGUUAUUUGCUCAUGUGGAGGGACGUUCAUUUGCCACCUCAGUGCUCAACGCUUACUGCCCUCGCUUUGGGCGAGUAGCCGUUAGGUUCAAGGUUUGUCAGUAGGAGUGGUGCCUGAUGGCAUAAUGAGAAUUAACCCUCCAUCUCUACCACCAAACUGUACCUCCCAAACCAGUCCAUCCACUCCGACACUCUGGGAGGGGACAAACAAAAUAACUUGUGUUCCUUCGUCCAAUAUAAACAGGAACGCAAGCACAUCACUUGUAGAGAGACGAAAAGAUAUAUAUCAAGUGCUUUUAAAAAAGCAAGUCUAAGUUUAGAUUAUAAACAGUGUCCAUGAUAUAUAUAUAUAUGUGUAGUAGCAAAGCAAAUAACUGUUAGGAUGUCUUACCUUUCAAAUGUUAGUUUGUCUUAUUUAUUAAUAUCUAAAAUGUAGUUAAGGAUUGUCACGAUAAUAUAUAAAUAAUGUAUUGUGUAUAUAUACUGUAUAACCUAAAGCAAUGCCUUUUACUUGAAUUUGGUGUUUUUUUUAAAUUCAUCAAAAAAUUCAGUGCUUGAACAUGCAUGAAAGUUGUCUUCCAGAAGAUUUGUUCCCAUUCAGACUGAUCUUAGAUGCUGUGUACAAUUUAUUUCCUCCUUUUUUUUCUUUGUUUAUUUUUCUCAAGGAGAUGAAGACCCAAAGGAGUACUGUAUUGUCUUUACAUAUGUAGAGUCAUGGUGCUCAGUACUGAAACCAUAAAAACAUCACAGUUUCCUGUGUUUUCACUUGAGAGAAUGUGUUACUGCUGUAAAUGUGUUGAUGAACUGGUGCUACAGUAGAUUCUCACUGAGUUGCUUCAAGGGAUCUGAUGAUAGUCACAAUAAAGGCAUCUAGUAUGUAGGUUCACUGA